AUUUUAUUGUCUUUUGAAUGGGUCGUUGGCAGACCCACUGUCGCUGAGCGCUCACAGCGCUACUGAGAAUAACCCGAGAGUCGUCAGCCAACACAAUAAUUGUUGCAUCAGCCGGUUUUGAUCAGCAUAUAACAUCUGAUUUUGUUUAUCGCGGUUUAUCAAAGAAAUGAACCCAGAUUGGGCUGAAGCCGAGUUACUUCCGGAGGUGCAGGAGAAUGAUGUCAAGUCCCUCUGGGUUUUCGGGUAUGGAUCGCUGUGCUGGCGACCAGGGUUCGACUUCAACAAAGCUGUCACGGGGUUUAUUAAAGGGUAUGCUAGGCGGAUGUGGCAGGGAAAUACCACGCAUAGAGGAACUGAGGAUAAGCCUGGUAGAGUGGCCACGUUGAUAGAAGACCCACAGGAUGUAGUUCAUGGAGUGGCGUUUGCGAUAAGCGGAGAUGAUGCGAUGACCUACCUUUCAAAACGAGAGUGUAAAUUGGGUUCGUACACGACGCAGUUUGCUACUUUCUAUCCUGUUAAAGGUCAACCGUUCAAAGUAUUAGCUUAUGUCGCACAACCAGAGAACCCCUUGUGGUUGGGAGGUGCAGAUGAAAAAUCCAUUGCCCAGCACAUAUUAGACUGCAGUGGUCCAAGUGGCCACAACGUGGAGUAUUUGGUUAGACUGGCAGACUUCAUGAGAGAACAUUUUCCUGUACAUUAUGACGCACAUUUAUUCACGAUAGAAAAUGAAAUUUUAGAAUUAAUCAGGAAUAAAAAAUUAUGCUUGAAAAGCAUGAUGGGCAAUGGAGAAGGUUGCAUUAGACUUAAGCAGAAAUCACCAUGCUCGCCGUCUGACAUGGUAGACGAACCUCAAAGGACUGAUACCUUUUUAUAUUCAGUCAAGAUACAAAAGAAAAAGCUGCGUUGCUUAAACCCCUAACGAUGUUCGAACAGCUUACAGUACGAAAAAUAUGUCAAGGUCACUUAUACCUUUUUGUUUUGAAAACAACUGGCAACGUGAAAAUCGUCAAAUAUCUAUCAUGCUUGCUACAAGUUCCAAAUUUUUGGCCAGCAUAUUUUUUUAUUUUUCUUUAGUGAGAAACGUGCCGAACAAUUUUAUUUAUUUUAAAAUUCCCACUUUGAAAUCCAUUGGAUGCCGAUUUGUUUAGAAAAAAUCGAGCAAUAAAGGCCAUUGAAUAAUUUUUGCGUUGUUUUUUCUUAUCUCGCGGCUGGCAAUGUUUGUGUUUUUCUUAUUUUAUUUUAAUGUAUGUUUUAUGGCGCAUACAAUUGUGAUACGAAAGACUCGAUAGCGUAAGUACAUCCAUUAAAAAGCAGUAUUUUGGUCAAUCAUAGUAUUUUUGAUUACAGUGUUUGAAACUAAAUGCGAAAACAAAAAUUGAUAAUCCUUGAUAUUGUAUUGUAGAUAUCAUAGAAUAUAAGGAUUGGUGAAAAAUAACACAGUCAAAAAGCGGUGUGUUCUUCCUAUGUACGUGUUCACGUUGAACACGAAUCUGAAGUCGAAAUUGAGAGUCGGUGGACAACUAAGGAAGUAAUUCAGGCAUUAAGAACACACAUUUUGGAAUUUUUCGUCCACCAAAAAUGCCAAUUUUUGUAAUUCUGCUGUCUAAAUUACUUUCACAUUGGUCCAGCUUUUCCCAAUUUUGACUUCAAAUUCGUAAUCAGAGGGAAAACAUGUAUCGAAAAAAUAUUGGGAGGCAUCACCACACACCACUAUUCUUUUUGUGGACCUAUGGGACCAUUUUCUCUAAAAUUUGUCCACCCACCCCCAAUUUUAACUUCAAGUUCGCGUUCAGCAUAAGGAAGAAAAACAGUCGGAUCCAAAGCACAUACCACCUUUUUAUUUUGUAGGUCUGUGUAACUGACAAAAGAUUAAACCUACGAUUUGAUAGUACAUGGACCUCGUGAAGGAAAGUAAUCAUUUUCUAAAUAAUCUCAUUUUCCAUCCAACUUCGAGAUCUAAUAUUUUGAAAACGUUGCUAAUUAGUACGAUAUUUUUAUUGAGUAUUUUAUGUCUUUGAUGGCCCUAAUGGGAGUAACAAAUCUCUUUCCGCGAGAGAAAAAAUCAGCUAAAAAGCUAUUGAAAAUUUAGACAUUGUCCUUUUGUCAACUUUUAUACUUUGUACAUAUAUUUGUUAUUUUGAGUAAUAUCUGACGUAAAUGUGAUCGUACAUCUGCAUAUUGUAAUUUUUAUUGUGGAUUCAGCUGUGAUUUUUCAUACGUGACUUUUAAUAAAUUAUGUUUUUAUUAUA